AUGCUCGAGGGCAACGCAAUCUACGCCAACGCGCAGGCGGGCGUGGCGGUCGAGUCGGGCGCCGCGCCGACGCUGCGGCGCAACGUGGUCUACGACGGGCUGCAGUCGGGCGUGCUCUACUUUGACGGCGGCAUGGGGACGAUGGAGGGGAACGAGGUGUACAACAACAUGGACGCGGGCGUGCAGAUCGUCGAGUCGUCGGACCCGACGCUGCUGCGCAACACGCUGCGCGAGCAGCGGCGGGAGGAGGUCAAGGAGGGGCACUCCAAGCCGAGCGCGGUCGAGGUUGCGUGUGUCUGGGUGCACUCGUCGGGCAGAGGCGCGCUCACCGCCGCCGGCGUGAGAGCGCCACUGGCCCGCAGCACGCUCACGGACAACGACAUCCGCGACUCCUUCCACCACGGGGUGGUUGUGGGGCAGGACGCGGCGCCGCUGCUGCAGGCCAACCGCGUGCACAACAACCGCCGCACCGGCGUCUUCGUGCAGGACGGCGGGGCGCCGACCCUCCUCGAGAACGACAUCUUCCGGAACACCGUUGGCGUCGAGGCGGUCGACGACGCUGCGCCGGUCGUGCGCGGCAACACGCUGCACCGCCACAAGCUCGGCGGCGUGUGGGUGCACAAGGGCGGCGGAGGGACGUACGAGGGCAACGAGAUGCGCGAGAACGGGAAGGCGGCGGUGCGAGUCUGGGACCACGGCAACCCCGUCCUCAAGGGGAACUCGGUCUGGGGCGGUCGCACCGUCGGCCUGCUGGUGUACGAGUUUGGCAAGGGCCAUUACGUCGGCAACGAGAUCCACUCGCACCGCUCGUGGAACAUCGAGGUCAAGCGCAACGCCUUCCCGCUCAUCGAGCGCAACAAGAUCCACUCGUCGGCGUACGGCGGCGACAACGAGAUCUACGCGAACACCGGCAUCGGCGUCUCGAUCGGCGACGACGGCAGCCCGCUCGUCGAAGGGAACCACAUCCACACCGGCCACACCGCCGCCGUGUACGGCAACAAGGACGGAAUUGUGAUCCGGGAGGGCGGCGCGCCGCGCGUCGAAGGAAACACGAUCCGCGGCCAGUCGCGCCGAGGCGUCCUUGCGACGGCGCGCGGGCCUCGCCUUCUGCCUGCUCCCUCCCUGCAAGCGUCGGCCGCACGACGAUGCGUAGGCGUCUUCGUGACGGCGCGGGGGCAGGGCGCCGUGCUGCGCAACGCGAUCUCCGACUCGGGGCUGUGCAAUGUCGAGGUGAGAGGGGAGGAGAGGCGCGCCGCGGAGCCCGAGGCGGAGGCGUCCGAGCUCAACAAGAAGAAGGCCGCGUACGCGUCGCUCGGGAUGCUCGUCCCGCUCUCCACGGACGGCGUCGUCAUCGCCGGCGCGCUCACCGACGA